CGAAGUUGCUGUUCGCAGCGAUCCGCUUGUUUACAUCUGCAGAAAGUCGUCGCAACGCUGAUGCUUUUUGUGGUCAUUCGUAGUGUCGUACUGUUUCCAAUCUGUAUAUUUUGUGUUUACUUACAUACGUCUGUUGUCGCACGAUAUGUGCUGAACCUGCCUCCCACGCACAGCUGUGCGUUGUACGGAAUACCGUAUCCUCCGUCUGUGAAAGGUGCCGUUCGCGUCAUGUCGAGGUGGACGCGUUACCGGCAGAUACGCAAAGAAUACGAGCACGCCGUGAACGAAAUAGCGAACAGUGAUGCACCGGAAGCACCUGCUCCUCCGAGUACGAGCCCCAUGUUCGGAAAUGGGGAAGACGACGGCCGUGAACUGCAUAGUGAUGAGGACGAAAGCAUCGUGCCGCGUUUCGAUACGUCGGAAUCGGAUCUGUCGUGGGGGGAGUCCAGUGAUCAUGAAGAGGUACAAGACGGAACACGUGAAGCUGCCCUACGUCCAGAAGAUCCAGAACAGGAUUUGGUGAACCAACUGGCCAACCUUUCUUUGAAACAUAAUUUGACGCACGCAUGCAUAAACGACAUUGCGGCUCUGCUCAGGUCCCGUGGUCAUAAUGUUCCAAAAGAUGCAAGGACCAUUCUCGGGACAGAAAGGAAAGCUCCGGUGGAUCAAAAUGGGACGUUUGUCCAUUUUGGUCUAAAGACUGCUAUCAUGGAGUCUAUCCAAGUUGGGCCUCCACCUGCUGAAGUCAAACUUCAAGUAAAUAUCGAUGGACUGCCAUUGUACAAGAGCUCCUCGACGAGUUUCUGGCCGAUUUUGGGAAUGGUCAUGGGCUGUAGCAUGAAGGAGCCAUUUCUCAUCAGCGUGUACUGUGGCACAGGAAAGCCGCCAGAUUUGCAGGCGUUUUUGGGACCCUUCAUCGAGGAAGUUCAGGAUCUCACUAGAAGUGGAUUGCAUUAUAAAGGACGACACAUCAGUGUAAAGUUGAGUGCUAUCAUAUGUGAUGCUGUUGCACGUAGCUACCUAAAAUGCAUAAAAAGUCAUAAUGGCUAUUAUGGCUGUGAACGAUGCACACAGAAGGGAGUUCACUGUGAAAACAGACUGCUCUUUCUGGACUUGGACUCUGCCCUUCACACGGACGCAAGUUUCCGUGAACAGCUUUGUUCACUCCACCACACCGGUGUGUCACCUUUUCUUGAGCUGGAUAUCGACAUGAUUGCAGUCUUUCCACUGGACUAUAUGCAUCUGCUGUGCUUGGGGGUGAUGAAAAGACUUAUGCAUAUUUGGACAGGAAGAAAAUACGGUAGAGCAAAGCUGACUACUGAACAGCAGUGCAUUCUAAGUGAGAGGCUAAAUUCCUACCGCAAGGAUUUUCCUGCUUCGUUUCAAAGGAAGCCGAGAGGCAUCGAAGAGCUUGACAGGUGGAAAGCCACAGAGUUUCGCACCUUUUUGUUGUACACGGGACCAGUGGCUUUAAAGCAGUUGUUGCCUGACAAGCUUUACCACCAUUUUCUUCUCAUCCAUGUAGCAGCAAGGAUACUAGCUGCACCUAAUUUACACAGGGUGCACAACGAGUAUGCGGACAAGCUGUUACGAUACUUUGUUCAAGAAAUGGGUGUACUUUAUGGCACAACACACCUUGUCUACAACGUUCAUUCCCUCAUUCAUCUAGCAAGAGACUGCCUAAAUCAUGGCCCCCUUGAUUACUUCAGCGCUUUUUGCUUUGAAUCGUUCUUAGGGAAGCUAAAAGGAAAGCUGCGAACAACAAGCUGUCCCUUGUCACAGCUGAGCCGACGAGUUUCAGAGGUGAAGCACACAACAGAAUAUGCUACUAGAACUAAAGUGGAAGCUGUCAAACAAGGUUUUUCGUACAUCCUGGAAGGCAACACUGUUGUGCGUGUCAGUGAGGUACUAGCAUCACAGGUUCGUGUUACUAUGUUCUCAAACAAAAGAGACUUCUUCACCUACCCCAUGAAAUCAUCUACUAUGAACAUCUUUCGUGUUGAGAACCGAAGCACUAGCUGUGUACGGACCAUGCAGCUGAGUGCCCUCAUGAAGGGAAAGCCGUGUGUGCUUCUCAGUUACAAGUGUGAGCACGUUGCUCUACCCUUGCUGCACUAAAUAUAGAGUCUUUGCAUCUCCUCUACAUUUCCUCCACCAAUGAGAGCAAGACUUAAUUAAAAACGUCAUUUUCUGUGCCAGACAACAUUGCUGCACCGAGACAAGUGUUGUGUGUUCCAGAAAACCCUGAAAUGUGAUGCCUACAUAGGAACAGCUUUCAAUUAAUAAAUUUUGUUCACUGUGCUCUUCAGUACACCUUCGCCCUGCUAUGCUGAUUUAGUGGUGUUGCUUUGUAAAUGUCUUCCUAGCUGUCUGGAAUGCACUUACAAGGUCAGCAAGCAUGCAUACUGGUGAUGAGCUUGUAAAAGGAGAAUAAUUGUGUGCGACAUUAGCCCGUAAAAGUCCUCCUAUAUUUCUACGGUGUAAUGGACGCUGGUGGCAGGGCACGCUGCUGACCUCUGUCAGCUUCUCUUAGGCAUUUGAGUACGCAUCCACCUUCAACUCUGAUUUAGGCAACCCGACCAGCUGUGAAAGCAGUUUUUUUUUAAACUUGUGUUCGUGAACACAUUUUUUCAGCCCUACUGUCCUAUCUGGCAGCACCGUGAUGCUGCUUAACACUGUGUGUUUGUCCGUACUGGUGAUGAGCUUGUAAAAGGGGGAUAAUUGUGUGCGACAUUAGCCCGUAAAAGUCCUCCUAUAUUUCUACGGUGUAAUGGACGCUGGUGGCAGGGCACGCUGCUGACCUCUGUCAGCUUCUCUUAGGCAUUUGAGUACGCAUCCACCUUCAACUCUGAUUUAGGCAACCCGACCAGCUGUGAAAGCAGUUUUUUUUUAAACUUGUGUUCGUGAACACAUUUUUUCAGCCCUACUGUCCUAUCUGGCAGCACCGUGAUGCUGCUUAACACUGUGUGUUUGUCCGUAGUGGUGAUGAGCUUGUAAAAGGGGGAUAAUUGUGUGCGACAUUAGCCCGUAAAAGUCCUCCUAUAUUUCUACGGUGUAAUGGACGCUGGUGGCAGGGCACGCUGCUGACCUCUGUCAGCUUCUCUUAGGCAUUUGAGUACGCAUCCACCUUCAACUCUGAUUUAGGCAACCCGACCAGCUGUGAAAGCAGUUUUUUUUUUAAACUUGUGUUCGUGAACACAUUUUUUCAGCCCUACUGUCCUAUCUGGCAGCACCGUGAUGCUGCUUAACACUGUGUGUUUGUCCGUAGUGGUGAUGAGCUUGUAAAAGGGGGAUAAUUGUGUGCGACAUUAGCCCGUAAAAGUCCUCCUAUAUUUCUACGGUGUAAUGGACGCUGGUGGCAGGGCACGCUGCUGACCUCUGUCAGCUUCUCUUAGGCAUUUGAGUACGCAUCCACCUUCAACUCUGACUUAGGCAACCCGACCAGCUGUGAAAGCAGUUUUUUUUUUAACUUGUGUUCGUGAACACAUUUUUUCAGCCCUACUGUCCUAUCUGGCAGCACCGUGAUGCUGCGUAACACUGUGUGUUUGUCCGUACUGGUGAUGAGCUUGUAAAAGGGGGAUAAUUGUGUGCGACAUUAGCCCGUAAAAGUCCUCCUAUAUUUCUACGGUGUAAUGGACGCUGGUGGCAGGGCACGCUGCAUGGAACACAUUUUUUCAGCCCUACUGUCCUAUCUGGCAGCACCGUGAUGCUGCUUAACAGUGUGUGUUUGUCUGUACUGGUAAGGAGCUCGUAAACUUGCUUGUGACUUAUUAAUAAUUAAUGUUAAGCUGUGAUGACUGUCUUUUUAAUCAGUUCUGCUGUCACGGAUAAGUCAGAGGAUCGACAUUUAAGUUUGCUGAACGACAAUGUAUUUUGUUCGAAAUUGAAACAUAUUAUACUGGCAUUGCCAGCUUCGCUGUGUAUGUCGGUCACAAGUUGGCAUUGACAUGCAAAUUUCUUGAAAUACGUUUUCAUGGAAAUCUGAUAACCGACACCAAGCCGAUACUGCCAACUUGCAUGAGAUAUCGGUCACAAGUUGGCAGUGUCGGGGAUAUGUUCGCAUACUUUGCCGACAUGGUACCAACUUUGAGCCGAUGUGCCUAUACCGUGAUAUUUAUUUUUAUUGCAUGACUUAUUAGUGAAUGCAACCAUUUGGUAUGAUAAAGUGAGGGUACUGAUGUGCAAAUUUCAUUAAAUGUAAUCGUUUUCGUUUAAAUUUGUUUACCCGACACCAGGCCGAUACUGCCAACUUGCAUGAGAUAUCGGUCACGAGUUGGCAGUGUCGGGCAUAUGUUCACAUACACUGCCGACACGGCACCAACUCUGAGCCAACAUGUCUGUACAGGUAUAUUAAUUUGCAUUACACAACUUAUUAGCCCAUGUUGCAGUUAUAUAUCAUCAAGUAAGGACAUCGAUAUGCAAAUUUCUUGUAUUAUAAGGUUUUUUGUCAAAAUUUGUUUAACCGACAUCAAGCCGACACUGCCAACUUGCCUGGGGACAUCGGUCACAAGUUGGCAGUGUCGGGGUUAUGUUGGACCGACAUGCCCAACUUGGUACCGACAUCGGUCCGAUGUCAUGUGCUGCUUGGGGAGUGACCCCACCGGGUCUCGAGUCUGGUGGUACUGUGUAAAGCAUAGCUGUGCUGCGUGUUUGGAUAGCUCUGUCAAGGUAAUGUUUAUAGUGCCUGAGUAGGAUGAAAAUUCUAUAUUCUUAGCUCGCAAGGUUGAUUUUAUGAGAGUUCAAAAGAUAUAUUAUUUCAAUUUCAAUAUUGUAAUGUUUGAUAGUUUGUUUCGCUAUUAUUUUCCUGUGUGUUGUUUACAUGUUGGCAGAUGCAUCGUUCAAAUCGUUUCUCUGCUAUUCAUCCGUGCAUGUUUAUCGUUUUGAUUGAUUGGUCUUCAACUAUUUAUCCUUGUGUACCUCUUGUUUACGUGUUGGAUUUUGGCUCUCUAUUAGCUGUUGAGCCUGUUUCAAUAAUAUUUUCCUGUCUGUUGUUUACACGUUGGCAGAUGCACCGUUUAUAGUGUUUCUCUGCUAUUCAGCGUUAGCUCUGUGCUGUAUUAAAUUAUUCGUCUUGUGCCGUUCAAAGUGUUUCUCUGCUAUUCGUCCGUGCAUGUUUAUCGUUUUGAUAGAUUGUUUUUCAAUUAUUAAUCCUUUGUGUACCUCUUGUUUACGUGAUGGGUUUUGGUUCUCUAUUAGCUGUUGAUCGUGUUUCUCAUUAUUUCCGUAUGUCUAUGCUGUUUACUUAAUAAGAAAUUGAUUAACGGUGUAAUGUUGGAAUAAUCUUCCCUGUUGCGCUCGAAAAUGUUCAUAAGUGUCAGGUGUACGCCUCCCGUCUUCAAUAAAUGAGGGCAGAUAUUAUUAGAGCUGAUUGUUGGCUAGGAGCAUGCUAUGUGUUGAAGUUCAUUUUUUAAUAUAUUUUCUGUGUUGAAUUCAUAAAACAAAGUAGGGUUUGUAGUGUCUCUUAGAGUGAAAAUUGUAUGGGGAAGUCACGAGGAUGAUUUUAUGAUAGUUAAAAUGAUAGAUUAUUCUCCUCCUCUGUUGUUUUGAUUAACCAAUGUAGUGUUAUAGAUUUUAUUUCCUCUUGUGUUCGUGUCCCAUGGUCUUCCAGGUUCUCUGCUGUUCACAUACAUCUAUCAGCACUUGUAAUUAAAGCACCACUAUGGUGGUCACGUAUAAUAAUGUUAGACUUUUUAUAAUAAAACUUUAAAUUUUGAUUGUAAUCAUAUUGAUUAAAAAUAUCUACUUUGAUUAAAUGUGUCAUAAUGGAAUACUGGCUAUUGUUCUUGAAGUUACAUAUCGGCACUUGUAAUUAAAACUCCACUAUGGUGGUAAUGUUAGACUUUUUAUAAUAAAACUAUUAAUUUUGAUUGUAAUCGUAUUGAUUAAAAAUAUCUGCUUUGAUUAAAAUGUGCUACAAAUUCUGCUUAAAUGAAAAC